CUGAUAAGUUUCACCUCUUCAAUAAGAAGACAACUAAGCUUAUGAAAAAAUGGCAAUGUCUCGGUUGUGACACGUCCGCAACACUCUUGCUUAUGUGUAAGCCUUCUUUUCACUUUCUUAUAUAGUAGACAGAAUGAGGGAAAUAAUGAAUGCCAAACAAACCUCUUAUAAUUUCAUCAUUCAAUCCAUCACUCACCGUUUUUUGCAUUCUUUAAUUCACCGAAAAAUUUAAUGGGUUCUUCAUGGUUUCCCAUUUCUUUGUUUCUUGUUUUACCCUUGUUCUGCAACUCUGUUUUUGGUAAUAAACAAAUUGAGUCGGUCCAAACGGCAAGGGAUGGAAUUCUGGAAGCCAUCAAUUGGGCUCAAGGAAUGACGACCAAAUUUUACAGUGAGGAUGAUGAUGGAAUUACUUCAAGCAAUGAACUAAUUAAUAUUGUUGCCAUUGGAGAUUGCUUGAAGCUGUAUGAAGAUUCUGAGCAUUUGCUUUCAAGGUUAGUUUCUUCCAGCGUGAAUUUCAGCCGUGAUGACGCCGUUACGUGGUUAAGUGCGGCAAUGGCUAGUCACCGGAGCUGUUUGGACGGCUUGGAAGAUAAAGGGUUGAAAUAUGAAACGGAAUCAGCUCGGAAUUUGAGUAACUUGCUUCGUGAAGCUUUGAGUUCAGUAAAGCAACAACGACAUUUUGGAAACUCCAGAAGCUAUGGGAUUCCUAGGAUUACAGCUCAGGAUCAGUUUUGGGGGGUUUUGGCAUCAUGGGAUGCGGCGAAAUGGAAAGCUGAUAUUGUUGUUGCACAAGAUGGGUCAGGGAAUCAUCGGAGCAUCAAUGAAGCUGUUUCUGCUCUGGCUAAAAUGGGUCGUAAUAGACCUGGGAGAGCCAUAAUUUACGUCAAAUCUGGAAUAUACCAUGAAAAGGUGGAGAUUGAAAGGAAUUUAGAGAACGUGAUGUUUGUUGGAGAUGGAAUGGAUAGAACAGUUGUGACUGGUUACGGUAACGUUCAUGAUGGUGCAAGUACCAUAAGCUCUGCUACUUUUGGUGUUUCUGGCAAUGGAUUUUGGGCAAGAGACAUAACAUUCGAGAACACGGCCGGACCCGAAAAACAUCAGGCGGUGGCACUUAGAGUGGCCUCAGACCUUUCAGUAUUCUACCGUUGCAGUUUCAAAGGUUACCAAGACACCCUCCUGGUUCACUCUCUCCGGCAAUUUUACCGGGACUGCCAUAUUUACGGUACACAGGAUUUCAUUUUUGGUGAUGCAUCCGCAGUUUUCCAGAACUGCGACAUUUUCGUCCGGAAACCGAUGGAUCACCAAUCCAACUUGAUAACUGCACAAGGCAGGGACAACCCAGAACAGAACACCGGAAUUUCAAUCUUAAACUCCAGAGUUUCGCCGGCUUCCGAUUUCAGGCCGGUGAUCAGCAGGUUCAAAAGUUACCUGGGCCGGCCAUGGAAAAAGUACUCGAGAACAGUGUUCAUUAAGACGGAUUUAGAUGGUUUAGUAGAUCCUCAAGGAUGGAAGGAAUGGAGUGGUGAUUUUGCGCUUUCAACUUUAUAUUAUGCAGAAUUCAUGAACAGGGGAUAUGGUGCUUUUACUGUAAACAGAGUAAAAUGGCCUGGGUACCAUGUUCUUCGUGAUUACGGCGAGGCUAGCCAAUUCUCGGUGAAGAAUUUCAUACAGGGACAUUAUUGGAUUCCGGCCACCGGAGUGCCAUAUUGGGCCGAUGUUUAGAGCUUUUCUGGAAUCUGGAGUGUGUAGUAUUCCACAAUCAUACGUAUCAUGCGUGUACUACGUUAUUUUGAAACUAGAUUCCUCAGUUCAUUUUGGCAGCUAGCUGUUUAUGUGGGAUGGGACAUUUUAAUAAAUUAGUAUGUGAUUUUGCCCCCAUGCAUCAACUACUAUAGAUUAUAGAAUUACUUAUCCCCUAUUCUUUUUGUUGAUUGUAAAUGUCUUUAUUUGUGGUCAAUUACAUAGAUCCAUAGAGUACCACAAAAGUUGCUACUUCUUCACAUUGGAAAUAGUUGUCCGAGUUGGGAUAUAAUCGGUUGCUGCUUUGACAGUUAAAAAAUAAUUGUCCGGUUCAAGUGAUAAUAAUAUUGGGUCAAGUUAAUUAUAAUUCGG